AUGGACCUCCAGGGACAGAGCCUCGCCCUCAUUCCGUGCUACCAGGCAAUCUGGAAACGCCUCCCGGAACGGGUCAAGAGCGGAAAAGACAAGAGUGGAUGGCACGAUAUAGACCGAGUGCACGCGCUCGUGAAGGCACGCUCUCCAACCAUCGCAGAAUGCCUUCAUCCCAACUCAGACCGUCCUGCCCUCAUCGAGCCCCGAACAAAACAGAGCAUGUCCCACGCGACACUGGCAAGGUUCGUACAGCAGUUCGACCUUGGCCUCGACCACCCAUCAUGUUCCAACCGCCGCGUGGCCGUGGUCUUGCCCAAUGGACCGGUCCUAGCGCUGGCUAACCUGGCGGUAUCGAACUAUUAUACCCUGAUGGCCAUGACGCCCGCUGCGGGGCCAGUCCAGCUUCGAGAGGAUAUCACCAGAGCUGAGAUCGGGACAGUCCUUGCGCUGGCCGAGGACAUCCCCAAGCUCCAACUGAAUGACCCUUGGGUACAAGAGGCAGGUAUCCGAACCAUUAGCGUCCAGCCGAGGGACGAUUUGACUUUCGAUAUGACCCCACUGAACUGUGGGCCCCUCGAUCAACGACAGUCACACCCCCCCAAGGUCAACUCGCCCGAUGAUAUCGCCUUGAUGCUAUUCACCAGUGGUAGCAGUGGCACCAAGAAGCUCGUCCCCAUCACGAAGGAUGAUUACCUCGCUCGGGCUGUGUGGGUCAUGGAUGCAUUUGAGCUGACGGCGGACGACGGCUGUUUGAAUGUUAUGCCGCUACAUCACGUUGGUGGUUUCUUCCGAAGCUUGUGUUCGAACAUCUUUGCAGGUGGCUCCGUGAUCUGCUGUCCGGCGUUCGAUCCAACCCUCGUCGUUGACGUGAUCGAGGGCUGGCGAGUCACGUGGUAUUAUGGAGUGCCCACUAUGCAUCACCUUAUUCUGCAGGAGCUGGAAGGUCGUCCCAAUGCUUUGCGGAACUCCGCCAUGCGGGUGAUCUGCAAUGCCGCGGCCAACCUUCCCCCGACGCUGGCCACUCGUUUACUCGAGACCUUCAAAUGCACCGUCCUGCCGAGUUAUGGUCUCACGGAAUGUACCCCGGUUUCUAGCGCCCCCUUGAGCUACCGCCUGGAGCGCCCAGGAUCAUCGGGCCGGGCAACCGGACCAGAGUUGGCCAUCCUGAGCAUGGACGGGAGAUCCGUGGAGUCCCCAAAGGGGACAACAGGACGAAUCUGCCUGCGAGGCUCGCCGGUCUUCCCAGGAUAUUUGAAACCGGAGGGGAUGGACCGGAGCGCAUUCGAUGAAAACGGGUGGUUCGAGACAGGCGACCUCGGUUAUAUGGAUGAUGAUGGAUACUUGUACAUCACCGGUCGCAGCAAGGAGGUCAUCAACCGAGGCGGUGAAAUCAUCUCCCCCGCCGAAAUCGAUGAGGCCAUUCUUUCGGCCUCUACUGAUCCCAACAACGUCCUUUACCACCGUGUGAGCCAGGUCUUGUCUUUCUCGGUGCCCCACGACACACUCCAGGAGACCGUCGGCGUCGUGCUGGUGCUGACUCCCGACGCUAUUCGACCGGACUUGAGACAGCUCCAUGAGGGACUUCACGGGCGCCUCGAGAGGGUCCAGUUCCCGCAAUGCAUCGUCUACAUGGAGGGCGGGAUUCCCUUGAACCAGAACAAGCCCCAGCGCAUCAAGCUCAGCGAGCGGCUGAACUUGGUGACACUCUCCGACACCAUGCGAGGCCCAGAUCGCUACACCGAGACAGGUCCCCCCCCACUCAACCGGCCGUUGACGGAACCGAUCGCCAAGCAGCCAUGUGAGCUGCGCCGGGACGAGGUUAGCUCUCAAGUGAAGGCCUUCAGCGGGCAGCCGGAGGUCUUCAUUCGAGAGAACCCCAUCGAUGGCCUCUUCCAGGUUAUCGUCUUCAACCAGAAAGCCGAGACGUUCGAUACACAGGCACUGGUCGCAUACCUCCGCGUGCGGGUCCCGGGAUACGAAAUCCCAACCAGCAUCCGAUGCAUCGACAGCCCAAUGCCCGUCAACCCAGUCACCGGCGAGGUGGAUGAGAGUGCCGUCGACAAGUCACUGGCGGAGGCUGAGGCCAAGCUCUCCGGCGGCUCGAUCAAGGGGCGAGCCGGCGGUGACAGUCUACGUGCCGGUCGGCUGGCUGGCGACCUCCGUGCGGAAUUCAAGAUCCGCCUGUCGGUCGACACCCUGCUCACCAGCAGCACCGUGGAUGCGAUCACGGAGAUUGUCGAGGCUCAGCUGGCGAAGAAGCAGAACAGCAACGGCGAGGACGCCGGCGUCAGGCCACCGCAGGUCAACAAAACCCACAGCUCGACCAACCCUUUCUUGCUGAUGGUGCAGCUGAUCCCCAUCAUGUUUUUUUUCCCUCUCAAACACGCCCUUCUGUGGACGACCUUCAUCUACCUCAUCUCGGAGACCAAGGACUUGGAAUGCCUCAAAAACUCCGUGGCCGUUCGCGUCAUCCAUAUCGGUCUCGUUGGCGCCGGUUCCAAAUUGGCGACCGAAAUCGCUGGCCCGAUCGGUGCCAUCAUGAUCAAAUGGCUCCUGAUCGGGCGGUACCAACAGGGCCUCUACCCGAUGUGGGGGCUCUAUCAUACCCGCUGGUGGCUGACGCAAAAGGCCGUCCAAGUUGGUGGAAAGGGAAUUUUCAGCCGCUGGAACUGGACUCGGCUUCUCUACUACCGUUGCUUGGGCGCCAAGAUCGGACGGAACGUAGAGAUCGACGAGAAAGCAUCCUUGGGUGAAUACGACUUGAUCGAAUUGGGCGACGGGGUGAGAGUGGCGCAGUGUAUCAUCCGUCCGUUCGCCGUCGAGACCAACACCAGUAUGCUCCUAGGCAGGAUCCGGGUCGGUCCCAACAGCACUGUCGGCCUCAAGAGUAUCCUUGCCCCCGGCGCCGACCUGCCCGCGUACACCCAGUUGGGACCCAACUCCUCCAGCUGGGAGAUCCCCAAGCCGAACGAGAAGACCGCCGACUCGCCUCCGACCCCCCUACCCGAAUGCCACUGGUUCUGGACGAUGUUCGUCAUCGAACCCAUCGCGUUCAUUGUCACUCUCAUCCGCCGCGUCCCGUGGGCGUUUGGUAUCAUCCCCAUCGCCCGCAACUAUCCUUCCCCGGGCGGGGAUGUGGUGCUCCAGUCCGCGACGUGGUACGCCAGCCCGAGUCGAAUCUCCUAUCAUAUUGUGGCUCGUGUUUCCAACACCCUCGGUGGACCCCUCUUCGCCCUCAUGGCCGUCAUCAUCCUUCGGAAGGUGUUCAACACCAUCUGCGGGCGUCCCCAACCCGGUCCCACGGCGACCGAGUCCCAACGCCAACGGGUCCGUCGCGGGAUGAUGAAGAAGCUUCUUCCCUCCGGCAGUCUGCAGUGGGUCACCCAGCUAUUCGGGGUGCACUACGAGGGCGUGUCCAUCUUGAUGCGGGCCCUCGGGGCCAAGGUCGGCAAGCGCAUCUACUGGCCCAGCAACGGGCCCUCGGUCGGUGAUUUAGACCUGUUCGAGGUUGGCAACGACGUCGUCUUCGGAUCGCGCUCGUUCAUGGUCACGGCGGAUGGAUACGGACAGGAUCGCAUCCGAAUCGGCGACGGCACCAUGGUGGCGGACCGCACGGUUCUCCUGCCCGGAACGGACAUCGGCGAGCGCGUCAUGGUCGGUUCCGGGGCCUUGAUGCGUCGCAACCAAUACUAUGCCCCCGGCACCAUCUGGGUGGGCAGCAAGAAGGGCGAAUCUUUCCAGAUCCCCCGCGCCGGUGAUGUCACGGACGAAAAGCCCACCAAAUCGCCGUUCGGGCGCGCCUUUUACGACGGCGAGGCCGACUAUCACGUCCUAUCUCAGUUCGAAAUCAUGUGCUACUCGGUCUUCUCCAUCGGCUCGAUCGCGGUCUACUGGACUCUUGGCACCGUCGCCAGUCUCGUGAUCCUGGCGCACACCCUGGAGUCCAAACUGGCGGACACCGCGGACGCCCGCUGGCGGCCGGCUGCGGUCUUUGGCAUCCUUGGGAUUAGCAUGGCGGCCACGAGUAUCGUCCAGGCCGUGAUCGCCAUGGUCGUUGUGAUCGCGGGCAAAUGGGCGAUCAUGGGGCGUCGUCAGGAAGGCGAAUACCAUUGGGACCGCAGCAGUUACAACCAACGGUGGCAGGCCUACCUCGCGGUGGAACGGCUGAUCAAGAAAUGCUACGGGCGCAGCGGGGUCUUGGGCCUCCUGACCGGCACCCACUGGCUCGUCAUCUACCUGCGUGCCUUGGGAGCCAACAUCGGACGCGACUGUGCCAUCCACGCCAACGGGAACCCCAGUCUCCCCAUUACGGAGCCAGAUCUGCUGACCCUCGGUGACCGGGUGGCCGUGGACGACGCCAGCUUGGUUGCGCAUCUGAACUCGCGCGGCGACUUCGAACUGCACCCCCUGAGCGUGGGUGAUCGGAGUGUCAUGCGGUCUGGUACUCGACUGCUAUCGGCCGCGAGCAUGGGCUCUGACGCCUGUCUUCUCGAACACACCCUGGUGUUAUCGGGCGAUCAUGUCGACGACGGCCUGACGCUCCAGGGCUGGCCGGCGGAAGAGGCCCAGGGCGCACGCAUCCCGUUCCCGCAUCCGCAUUAG